CCCCCUUUUCAUGGCUGGGAGCUGAGCCCCCCGAGCUGAGAGAGGGUAGCAAGGCUUGGCCCCUGGCGCUAUGCCAAGGGGGUCUUCAACCCAGUCUGUGCCCAGCACCCCUGGCCCUGUGUGCAGAGGGAGCUGCAGAGGGGCAGGCUCCACAGCCGAGCUGUGCCCGGUCUCAGCUGGACAGCAGCUCCAGGGUAGGGCUGUGCCAAGGGUGCCCGUCAUCCCUGCAGGAGCUGCCUCCUGGAUGUGACACUAAUUGGGCUCCGGCAGACUGGCACAGCAGAGCAGUGAAAGCUCGUCACCUUAACAAGGCCUAAUGAUGCUAACUGGCAUCAGCACUCUGGGCUUAUGCCCAGCCAGCAGAGGCCAUGGGCAGGUGAACGCUCAGGGAGCUCUCCUCACAAGUAGCUGGGGCUACUUGUAGCCCUGCCAGGCUGUGCUUUCUCACCCCCCACGUCCUGCAGCACUGCUCCUGGGGCUGACGGGUGCUGCUCUGUGCCAUGCAAAGGGCCAGCAAGGAGCAGGACAGCGAUGGAGCCCCGUGGCCCCCCAGCAGCACGGAACUCUGCUCAGCCCCACGGUGGCCAGCGGCGGGGGCGUUCCAGUUGGGCUGUGGUCCCACCAGCUGUGCCAGCCCUGCGCUCCCGUGUGCAAAUUCCCUCUCUCCAUAUCCCUUGUGGCAGCUGAACUGCAGCAGUCACACUGGCAGGCAGGACAGCAUGUGCCAGACACAGCCGGGAGCACAGCGCCCACAGCUGCAGUGCGAGGGCACUACUCAUCUCCUGCGCAUCAGGGAGCGGGGGGCUGGCAGCAGUCUGUGGCUGUGCCGCCUGCCCCCUGCUCCCACCCUGCCCUCUACCAGGGCCCCGCAGCUGCCUGCAGGGGCUUCUCCGGGGCACCCCUCUGCCCGCACCAGGUAAGGCUGGGGGCUGCCCGUCCUCCCCCAAAGCCCCCCUCCUGGCCUGGAGGGGUGCCGGGCCAUCUCCAGGGGGGCAGCUGUGGCUCCAAUCCUCGUGGCAAUGGCAGGACACCCGCAGGCCCCAGCGUGUGCCUCGCUCCUGUGCCCGCACUCAGCGGCGGCCGCGCAGCGCGGGACCCGGGGCUGGGCUGAGCUCGUCACCGGGGCACUGCUGGCUGUACCGCUGCUGCCGCGGCCCACGGUAAAUGUGCUCGUGCCGGGAGGCCAGGGCAGGGCAACCCCCGGUCGGGGCUCCCCCGGAUCCCUCUGCCGCCCCGGCCAGCCGGUCCCGGUGCGUCGCUGUUUCUGGGCUGUGUUUACCUGCAGCGGGACAGCGACGGCAGACACCGACCCGUCAGCGCCGGCGGCGGCCGGAGCGCGGGUGUUGAGGCGGCCGGCGGCGGCGCGGCCGAGAUCCGCCCGGGUCCCCGAGGGUCCGAGCGGCUCCCGCGGCGGGGCCGCCAGCGCGGAGCACGGCAGGAGCGGGCGGCACGCUGGGACCGGGGAAACCUCUCGGAGAACGGACCCCCGGGGCUUGCCCAGUCUAGCUGCCCCCGCCGCUCCGCCCGUCCCCGCCGAGCCGAGCCGGUGCCCGGGAGUGGGGCGGGGCAGGGACAAGCGACAGCGCCCGCAGCUCCCGGGAGUGACCGCCGGUGAUGCCGGGGGCAGCGCCAAGCACUCGGGCGGGGCUGGGGCACCAGGCUGUGCCCCCCUCGUGCCGGCGGGAGGAGCGGGGCGGCGGGACGCGGCUCCGUGCCCGCGGUCCCUCCCCCCGAGCCGGUCCCUCCCCCUGAGUCGCCACAGCCGCUGCCGUCGCGGCUCCGCUAAAGUUUUCGCCGAGCGCGCCGGACCCAAUCCCCGCCGGUCCGGAGAUGCGUUCGGGAGCCACCGCGAGCCCAGCCCCGACAGCUGUGUCCCAGGAGUGCCCAUGACAAGGCGUCUUGCACAGGGCUGCCCACAUGCCAGGGCCGUCACCACCAGGGUGGAGAAGCUGCUGAGGGCCAGUAGGAAGCCGUGUGCCCUGCGCUGUGUCCCAUGCAUGUGGUCCAGAGGAGGAAUGUCCCAGCCUCAUCUCCUCACCCUCCUGGUGCUGCUGCUCUGCUGCCAGGGUCCCUCUGCCCAGAUCACGGAUUACGUCGUUGAGAGAUGGAAGGAGUACAGCGAGGAGUGCCAGCGCAACAUGAGCCGCCUGCCUGCGCCCACAGAGCUGGUCUGUAACCGCACCUUCGACAAGUUCUCCUGCUGGCCCGACACGAUGCCCAACAGCACAGCCAGUGUGCCCUGCCCCUGGUUCCUGCCCUGGUACCAGAAAGUGAAGCACAGACACGUCUUCAAGACCUGUGGGCCAGACGGACAGUGGGUGACAGGGCCACGGGGACAGUCCCUGCGCGAUGCCACGCAGUGUGAGCAGGAUGACGAGGACCUAAAGGCGCAGGAAAAAUUUGCCAAGACCUAUGGCAGCUUCAAGGUGAUGUACACUGUGGGCUACUCUGUGUCCCUGUGUGCACUGCUGCUUGCCCUGGCCCUGCUGCUGGGCUUCAGCAAGCUGCACUGCAUGAGGAACUACAUCCACAUGAACCUCUUCGCCUCCUUCAUCCUGAAGGGCGUCUCCGUGCUGGUCAUCGACGCCCUGCUCAAGACCCACUACAGCGACAAGAUCGACGGCUACAACGUGCAAGUCUGGCUGAGUGACGAGGCAGCUGCAGGCUGCCGGGCAGCCACAGUCUUCAUGCAGUACGGCAUCGUGGCCAACUACUGCUGGCUGCUGGUGGAAGGCAUUUACCUGCAUAACCUGCUGGUGGUGGCCGUCUUCUCCGAGAGGAGCUACUUCACCCUCUACCUGUGCAUCGGCUGGGGGGCACCCAUGCUGUUCCUCAUUCCCUGGGUCAUUGUGAAGUUCCUCUACGAAAACAUACAGUGCUGGUCCACGAACAACAACAUGGGCUUCUGGUGGAUCCUUCGCUUCCCCGUGUUCCUGGCCAUCCUGAUCAACUUCUUCAUCUUCAUCCGCAUCAUUCAGAUCCUUGUUUCCAAGCUGCGUGCACACCAGAUGCGCUACACUGACUACAAGUUCAGGCUGGCCAGGUCCACGCUGACCCUCAUCCCGCUGCUGGGCAUCCACGAGGUGGUCUUCGCCUUCAUCACAGACGAGCAUGCCCAGGGCACACUGCGCUAUGUCAAGCUCUUCUUCGACCUCUUCCUGAGCUCCUUCCAGGGUUUGCUGGUGGCCAUUCUCUACUGCUUCGUCAACAAAGAGGUGCAGGCAGAGCUGCUGAAGCGGUGGCAGCGCUGGAAGCUGGGGAAGGACCUGGCUGAGGAGUACAAGCACACGUACAGCCACGCACCCAGUGCCCGCAACGGUGCCGGCAGCACCUGCGAGAAGCACCAGCUGGUGAGUGGCUGCACCAACGGGCUGGGGCGCAGCCUGGCCCCCCAGCCCAGCUCCCAGCGCCUGGAGAGGAGCGGGCGCAGCGCUGCCGAGCACCUCGCCCUGGGGGGCCAUCAUCACUGCUAUGAGUUUCCUGAGACCACGGCCGAGAGCCACUUCUGAGCCCGCAGCCAGGAGGGAGGGCUGUGCUGAGCCGCCGGGAUGCCGCCGUGCCCUGCCCCGUCCUCGCCGGGUGCUGGCGGGCACUGGGACCUGCCACCCUGGGGAGGGGCACACGGACAAUGGACAUAGUGAGGCAGGCAAGUGGGACCUGGACCUCUGGAAACGGGAACUGUGGGGCCAGGGGGAUCUGUAGGGGUGGGAGUUUGUCCUGUGGUGCUUCCCUCGUGCACCUUCGAGUCCCUGUGCACAGUGCUGUAAUUUAUCUGUCAUAUCUGUAAAUAGGUGUGGGCCCAUGCCGGGCUGCAGGGCCAGCUCUGUGUGUGCCUUGCUGUGGGGACUGGGGACACUGGGGACAUUGGACUUUUGUGGACUAUGCUCCCAAGCACCCCACGGAUGCUCCCAUGCCAUAGCCCUGGAUGGGGAGCUGAGUCACCUGGCAGGGAUGUGCUGCUGCAGAAGACAGCCCCGCUGCCUGCCCCACUGCCUGCCCGCAGCCCCGCAGCCCUGCUGCCCCGCUGCCCGCCCCACGCUGCCGCACAGGUGAGGGGGGCAGACAUGCAGCAGCAGCAGCAGCCGCUGCAGCGCUGCCGGCCGGGGCACCAGCUGCCCCAGCACGCGCUUUCCUUUGGCUGCUAAUCGGCUCUGUCCUCUCGCUGCCAGGAGCCCUUAAUUAAAUCAUUUGGCUCUGCCCGCGGCACCCCCGCUCUCCGGUAGCUGGCCCAGGCCGUGGCCGGGCAUCAGCCGCCGGCAGCGCGGGCUCGGUGAGCAGCAGCGGGGUGCGGGGCUGCGAGACCCCUGUGCGACAGGCCGGGCGGGCUGCGGCGGGCACACAGCGGUGGCCUAAGAGGCUUGUGCUGCGCACAUGAGCGCUAAGCCCGGAUGCCGCAGCUUUGGGCACCACAAUCGUCUGGUGUGUGGGGAUUAGGCCGGUGCCGCUCCCCGGCUGGGUUCACCCUGCCCGAGGGGUGCCAGCGGGACGGACAGCCGCCCUGCCGUGACCCCCGCCGCCCACGGACCUGGCCAUGGGCACUGCCCGUCACCCAUCCCUCCGCCCCGCCUGGCCCCGAGCGGGUGACGGUCCCGCACACAGUCCGGCACGGGGACGCGCUGAGAGCUGGAGCUGCGCCCCGGCAGCCCCCCGGUAAAUCGCACCCUGUCGCAGCACCGCCCGCCCGCGGCCCUGACUCCCA